AUGGGGUGCGGAUGUGUCUCUCAACACCAGGUGGGAAUUCCUGGUGGCGGACCUCGUCAGUUUCUGUACACAGCCACAGACAAGGAGUUUGUUCGCACACUGGACAAAGAGGAGCUCAAGGAAAAGAAUCUGCUGCUGACUUACUUCCGGCUGGACCACGAGGGACAUUUCGUUGUCACAGACGGAUUUCGAGACCUUGUUCGCCGAAAAGGCGUACCAAGGAGGUAUCGAUGGCGAGCAUGGCGGGCACUCACAGGAUGGAGUGCCCUUGCAAAGCCAGGAUGGUACGAGAG